AUGGACAAUUUUUCCAUGAUGCCAGAUGAUGAAACAACUUUUGACUAUGGUCCGGAUGCAGCCCCAGUUCACAGCGAGAAGGGGAAAACAUUUGCGUCUAAUUUUGUGCCACCGCUUUACUCUCUGGUGUUCAUAUUUGGCCUGCUGGGCAACUCACUGGUGGUGCUGAUCCUCAUCAGAUAUAAGAAGCUCAAGAACAUGACCGAUAUCUACCUGCUCAAUUUAGCCAUCUCGGACUUGCUUUUCAUCUUCUCGCUCCCAUUUUGGGCUCAUUAUGCAGCCCGCGAGUGGGUAUUUGGAGAUACAAUGUGCAAAAUUCUCUCUGGGGUCUAUUGUGUAGGCUUCUACAGCGGAAGUUUUUUUAUCAUCCUUUUGACAAUUGAUAGAUACCUGGCCAUCGUCCACGCAGUGUUCGCAUUAAAAGCCCGGACGAUCACCUAUGGCACCGUCACAAGCGUCGUCACUUGGGUGGUGGCCUUAUUCGCCUCUGUGCCAGAAUUUAUGUUUCACCAUGUUCAAAUGGAAUCAGGGAGCUACAAAUGUACCAUUCAUUAUCCCUCAGAAAAUGAAAAAGAAUGGAAGCAAUUUCUAACUUUAAUGACGUUCAUUUUGGGCCUAGCCAUUCCUGCAGUCAUUAUUGUCUUCUGUUACAUGCAGAUUAUAAAGAUUUUGAUUAAGGGUAGAAAUGAGAGGAAGCAGAAGGCUGUCAAGCUUAUUUCUGUCAUCAUGAUUGUUUACUUCCUUUUAUGGAUGCCAUACAACAUCACUCUUUUGUUGCAGACCUAUCAAGAUUCAAUUUUCUCAUGUGGCUUAAAAAAUGAUUGUGAGGGAAAGUUAUCUGUAGCCAUUGCUGUGACAGAAGCAAUUGCUAUGAUCCACUGUUGCAUCAACCCUGUGAUCUAUGCCUUUGUGGGGGAAAAAUUUAGGAAAUAUCUCUCUAUUUUUUCCCAGAGGUGUAUGUUAGCUCUUCUCUGUACAGGUGGCGGUCACCCUCAUUUAGACCGGUCUACUUCGUCCUAUACCAGUUCAACAGAACAUGACAUUUCUGUUGGUUUGUGA